AUGAAAGAAGUAAUUAACAAUCAAAUGGAACAAUACAUUGACUACCUACAAAACUCUAAAGUAACUGUUGAAGAACAAAUUCCAGAAAAAAACCAUGAAGAAACAAAUAACUCAACUGGUUACAUAAAUUAUGAACAAUAUAACCAAAUGUCCUGUGAUAUUAGUGAAGUCACUUGUACAAAUGAUAGUACCUAUAAUGAUGUUGUGCAUGAUAAAUCAAGACCAAGUUCGUCAAUAGGCAGACAUAGUUCUCAUUCUGGAAGGUCUCAUGAACAUAGCAGACACUCUAGUAGAAGUAGAGGUGAAAAAAAUCAUAAACACAGAUAUGAUGGUGACAGAAAAAGAAAGCAUAGUUGCGAGAGGCAUGUAUACAGAGAUAGAGGAAGGACACAUUCAGAGGAUUAUAAAGAAGAAAGACUUCAUCCAUAUAAGGAUAAAGAAAGAGACAGAGUAUAUCUGCAUCAUGAUGACAGAAAUAAAAAGUAUGUUUCUCCAGAUGAUGAACAGUAUAGAAAGCAUUCUCACCCUGAAAAUGAUAGAUCUAGGAGAGAUCCACAUUCAGAUAAUGGAAAAAAUAAAAGGUAUUUACAUUUAAGAACUGAUCGAGAUAGAAGUUUCCAUGGAGAAUAUGAUAGAGAUAGAUUUGUACAUAAACAGCAUCAAAGGAAGAGGUCACCACCAAUUCAUAGGAAUGGUGAGGAUAGGCAUGAUUACAAACAUAGCUAUAGACCAGAAAAAAGGCAUUAAAGAGUUCUGUAGGACAAUAGAAAUAGAUUGAAUUAUUUUUUCAAUAAACAGUUUUUUAACAAGUGCAUUUUCUCAGAUCAAUCAUUCCUUUAUUAUAUAGAUGGUGUGUGAUAAACAAUCCCUAUCAACUCUGUCUUGGCUUGCAAUUUCAACUUGCGAAAAUAUUGGUGAACAAAUCUCCUUGGAACACAUAGACGCUUAAUAAAACAAUUAGGUAAUGC